GUGGCAGUAACGAGUAAUGAAGUUUUAGUUACGACCGCUGGAUGUGAAAACGAGGAAGUGCCCGGACAGCAGCUGAAAAUCUGAAAACCUGCUAGAAAUCGCUUGUGAAUAUUAUAAAUUCCGUGGCAGAAAUGGAGGCUGCAGGAGAGGAGACUAUGGAUGUUCAGGGAGCGGCAGCAGAGGAGCCGAUCUUUCCUGGACAUGGUCAGACUUCGGCUAAGCCAGUGUGGGCUUCGUUAGAGGAAGCAGCUCAGAAGAAGACGGAGUUGUUGUUUUUUUACCCACACAUACGUAUGUGUAUAUCUCUUUCAGCCUGUUUGCUGCAGAAACAGAGUGUUGACUAUGCUCGUGUGCGGGAGUACAGCCUGCGGGUCUUGAAGUGGCGACCAGGUGACGUUAAAGCACUGUACAGGGCAGGAGUAGCCACUCUGGAGAUGGGAGAUGCGCAGGCUGCCAAACAGUACCUGACCCAGGCCUGCAGAGAGCAGCCUAAUGAUGCCAAUGUGAGGAAACACCUGCAGAGGGCAGAGGAGAAGCUGAAUAAAGAGCUACAGAAAGAAAAGGCCAUGUAUCGAGGAAUGUUUUCCUCCAGCCUGAAGAGCAGCUCAGUAGAAGAGAUGAACCAAACCCACAGAACUGGUGAGGGAGUCUAGCCUGCUACCCUCAUCCGAAUACAGACUGUUCAACCUCAACUGAUCACAAAUCAACUGAAGAAUGUCCCCACGUCUUGAACUACUUGUGCUCGUAUGUCUUUUCAAGAGAAAUGAGAGAAAUGUGGAUUAUAGAGAAUACUGACACGGUUAAUGGAAAAGUAAAGAUGCUGCUGCUGAAAAUAGAAAGGAUAGGACGGGAAUGUCUGUUUCCUAGCAACAGGGACACAAUGCUGUUUUUUAGCCAAAAAGGGCAGGGGUUUGAAUAUUUCAUAAAAAAUGCUUCUGAAAGCUAUAUGAGGACUCCUUAUGCACUACUCAAAGUUCUGAUCAUGUUGUUUUGACUGGAGCUGUCUGGUCGGUGUUGUGAAUGUGGAUUUCUUUUUUUUUUUUCUUCAAGUAAAAUAAUUUUUGAUAAAUGACUUGAGAAGUCCUUUUAGCAGACUUAUUUUUAUAACAUACUUUGAAAUGUAGGUAUUACAGGCACAGAACAGGUUUCAUUAUACAUAUAUUUUAAUCAUGAUUUGCCAUGAAGACACAUUUUGUCUUAAAUAACUCAGCAGUAUUAAUGAUUCAAUAUUUAUUUGAAAAUCCUGAGCACUAUGUCAAGUUAAAGAGUAUUUGCUUUGUUUUGGUCAUUGUCUUGCCAAUAUGAUUGUACUUCAGAGGCAAUAUUGCCAAUAAACAUCAAGAAAA